GAAACUUCUUUUGGGAAGUGCGGGGACUACUUUAGGUCAACUUUGGAAAGAAACACUCCUUAUUCAAUCAACAUGGCUACAAGGGGACGCACUUUAGUACUAUAUACGUUAUAUUUAAUGAAAUAUGAUAAAUAGUGGGCUGGUUGAGCUUAUUUUACCGCAAGAGUGUUGUGGUUUUACUACGUCGCGGAAGGAUCAAAUUUUCUCAAGCGAGGGUCGACACAUCCGCCCAGUUUUCCGAUGUUUCAUUCCCCCCGAGUUGAAAAUGGAGUUCGAUUAAAGCAGAUGUCCACCAACUUCUCAAGGAAAUUUCAAACCUAAAUGAUUUUACUUUACGCACCAGUAUUCAUACUGAACACAGCUGAACCUUUUUUUUCUGGCUUUGGAUGCCUUUACUGCACAUUACUCGGACACGUUGACGGAGCAACGCUCCACAACGCUUUUUCAAGUGUUGUCCUGGACCUGAAGUUGGCGAAUGGAUGCUCGACAGCCAGCCACAAAUAACCUGCCAAACGUUACAGACUGCCACAUUUUGUACAUUUUUUGAGGAUCUAUUCUCAUUUUUUGGGGGCAAAACGAGGAUCUGUGAUUGUUGAAGAGGAUGAUGCCGAUGGCCCAUUUGUUGUGGUCGGAUUUUACUUCCAGGGAGGAUAAAAUGAAUCAACGGUUGUCAUUCCUCCUCGCGAUUUAACGUUAGUUCCAGGCAGCAAAGCUAACGUUAGACUAUCUCUAUCUCCACUUGGUUUUCACAGGGACGCUUAGUUAGUUAGGCAUGCCCCGUUGUACAUCAUUCACUUACUAUCCAAAAUAGGGGUCAUUUCUACAUGUGAAGAAAAAUGGUGAUAUUUGUGGUAUUUUAUCCCGCCGUCGCUGCGUCGUCGAUGCUAUUGCUAGGAUUUGGAUCCCCGUGAGGAAAAAAUGAGUGAAGAUUCAACAAAUCCAAACAACGAUGACAGUUAUGCGCGUGUGAGAGCAGUGGUCAUGACUCGGGAUGACUCCAGUGGUGGGUGGCUUCCCCUGGGGGGCGGAGGCCUUAGCUGUGUCACCGUCUAUAAGGUCAGCCGGGCGGAGGACAGCGGCAGCACCCACAGCGGAGGCAGUGAAGGAAGCAGCAGCAACUUCAGCCCCUGUAGCUCCAGUCCUAGUCCCAGUCCCAGUCCCAGCCCCAGCCCCAGCACCAGCCCCACCGCUGUGGAAUUUCACAUCAAGGGCGAGAGGCUCAAAGACAAAUUGGUGGUGCUGGAGUGUGUCCUGCAGAAAGACGUAAUAUACAACAAGGUCAACCCCAUCUUCCACCACUGGAGGAUCAACGACAAGAAGUUCGGACUUACUUUCCAGAGCCCUGCUGACGCCCGGGCCUUUGACCGAGGCAUACGUCGGGCCAUUGAGGACAUCAACCAAGGUUGUCGGCCGUUUGGGGAAGGGGAUACUCCCGAGGAUGGACUACCGGUGUGUGAUGAGCCUCCCUCCAUCUGUACCCCAAUGAAAGAGCCCUUCUCGCCCCUGAACAACGUUGUCUCCACCGAGCCAUUCAGGGGCUGCUAUGUCCGCGCCCAACCCUUCGACGAAUUCCCCUCCAGAAACCGCCGCUACCUGCCUCCACAGGUCUCCUUCAAGUCGACUCGUCAUGUCAGUUUUCACAUGGACGAAGAGGAGAUCGUCCGCAUCAACCCACGCAAAGACGUGCUCAUUCGCGGCUAUGAGGACUACCGCCACCCUGUCAUGUGGAAACAAGAGGCCGACCGUGAGGACAUGGACUUUCCCACCGCCUUCCACAAACUGGACAGUAAGAAGUGCGAGUACCUCUUCCCUGAUGGCCCCUGUGGGGACUCCCACUCUGGCCCUGGUAUGGGCAUUGGAACAGGUAUGGGGCUGGGGAUGGGCAAAGACACAGCCAUCAAGACUCAGCCCUCGCCCCUUCUCAAGUCCAAAAAGGGCCGGCGGCGGCGAGAAGACGGCGAGCGUUCGCGCUGCAUCUACUGUCGGGAGAUGUUCAAUCACGAAGACAACUGGCGGGGGCAGUGCCAAGACGCCCCCGACCCGAUCAAGCAGUGCAUCUACAAAGUCAGCUGCAUGCUGUGCGCCGAGAGCAUGCUGUACCACUGCAUGUCCGACUCCGAGGGCGACUUCUCAGACCCCUGCUCAUGUGACACAUCUGACGAGCAGUUCUGCCUGCGCUGGCUGGCCCUGGUGGCGCUCUCCUUCAUCGCGCCCUGCAUGUGCUGCUACCUGCCUCUGCGCGCUUGCCACCACUGUGGCGAAGCCUGCCGCUGCUGCGGAGGCAAGCACAAGGCCGCGGGGUGACCUAACGACGGACUCUGGGACACCCUCAAAGCUAGCUAACACAGGAAGUGGAUAAAAGCGGAAAAUUAAAAGCCGGCAUCCUUUUUUCAUUCCCCUCUCAGACGGGGUGAUAUGUUGUUGAUCCCCAGCUCUGAGGGCUUUUGGAGAUUUCAGUUUGUGUUUGUCGCCGACAAGCAGCUGUGGAGGACAAACCAUAUGCUUUGUGGGAGCUCCGAGCACCAAGCUAAGUUCAGGAGCUUAAUCUAAGGAGAAGAGGUGUAGGCAGUGGCAAGCUUAAUAGACUUGGAGAUGUUACUAAAAACAUACACACACACGCACACAAACACACACACACACACACACAAACACACACCUCUACUGCAAGAAAUGUGUAACUUUAUGAAGGAAAAUUGUCAUUUGUACAGAGAGCGACAAAUUAAUGACAAAAAAAGAAAACUAUUCUGCGUUCAGAAAAAAUACUUGCUGUUUGAGUAUGCUAAAAGGGAUAUGUUCUUGCUUUAUUUGUGAAUUUACAGUUGGGUAACAGUGGCCUUUCCUUCUUGGCUUAAGCAUUUGCUGACAAUGUAAUUACUAGACAGAGAAAAGUGCACUAGAAACGGUAUCCCCCCCCCCCCCCCCCCCCCCCCCCCCCAAGAGUAAAGGUAACCCUCUCAAAUUCUUAUGUAGUGUAAUUUUAACCUUCGAGAGAUGUUGAUGUGGUGGUUGUAUGGCCAGUUCCUUGUUUUCCUUUCCAUCGAAUGUUG